AUGGCAAAGAACAAACCAGAUUCAAAUCAACAAAGAGGAAUCAUUAUAAAUCUUGCGAGCACGAUGGCUUACGAACCACCACCUGGUUUAGUUGCUCAUGACACCACGAAAUCCGCGGUUUCCGGUAUGACGAUCCCUUCAGCUAAAGGACUCGCGUCGCAAGGAAUACGUGUUAUCACAAUUUGUCCUGGUUACAUAGACAGCCCCAUGACAGGUGUCUCUAAAAAAGAAGACGAAAGGAAGCGGUGGAUCGCAAUGAAACUCACACCAAAACGCUACGGAACCUGCGAGGAAGUCGCUCAUUUGAUUCAAGCAUGCAUCGAAAAUCCAUUGAUUAAUGGCGAGAAUAUACGUAUAGAUAUGGGCUACAGGUGCAAUCAAGAAGGAGAUUCACAAGAACAUUCAAGAUGUUGA